CGGCAUAUAAGAAGCUCCUCAUCCGCCUCCGGUGUCCGUACCGAAGUUCUUAUUGCACAGGUUACUUGUAGGAUCCCGUCGCGAGCUUGCACACCUCUGGGAUACACUACUACGCUUCAUCCUUCCGUGUUCUCAUUACUCAAAGCGCGCCUCCUCUCUCAAAAAGGUUAUGUCUGUGCAGGCUGAAUACCGUCAGCUUGGAAAGACAGGUCUCCGUGUCUCUGUCCCCAUCCUCGGUGGCAUGACGAUAGGAAGCUCUGAGUGGCUACCGUGGGUGCUCUCAGAGAGCGAGUCGCUCGCACUUCUCAAAGCUGCCUGGGACAAUGGCGUGAACACCGUUGACACGGCCAAUGUGUACUCUAACGGUGAAUCCGAGAGGUUGAUCGCUAAGUUCAUGAGUCAGAACAAUGUCAGAAGAGAGAACAUGGUCGUCAUGACCAAGAUCAACUUCCUCGUCGGACGCGAACCGUCCACAUUCACGUUCGCGAUGCCGAAUCUUGGUGAUACGCGCGAGUUCGUCAACCUUGGCGGUCUGUCGCGCACAGCGAUCCUCAGCCAGGUGGAUGCUUCAUUGGAGCGGCUGAACACGACGUACAUCGAUCUGUUGCAGAUCCACGACUUCGAUCCGGUGACACCGUUCGAGGAGACGAUGCGCGCGCUGCAUGAUCUUGUCCAGGCAGGCAAGGUGAGGUACAUCGGUGCAUGCCGGCUUAAGCUAUGGCAAUUCGCUGCCAUGAAUGAGGUCGCGGAGAAGAAUGGUUGGACAACCUUCGCGAGUAUUCAAGUGGAACAUUCGCUCUUGUACAGGCCAGAGGAGCUUGAGAUGUUUGCGUACUGCAAUUACAAAGGCAUCGGGAUCCUGGGCUUCUCUCCGCUCAUGGACGGCCACCUGGCACGCCCAGUUGGCACCGAGACGAACAGGACCAAGUCCAUCAACGGCACCCCAUAUGAGAAGCCCCGCCGUGCAUGCGAUCUCGAGAUCAUCAAUCGUGUGGAGGAGCUAGCGAAGAAACACACCUGGACGAUGAGCCAAGUUGCGCUUGCAUGGUCGCUGACGAAAGUGUCUAGUCCCAUCGUGGGGGCGAACAACGGCCAGCGCGUUGCGCAAUGUAUUCCGGCGAAGAAGGUGCUGUCCGCCGAGGAGAUUCAAUACCUGGAGCAGCCAUACAUAUACCAGGCUCCUCGGUAAAUACGUCGCCUUCGUUGUGAUGUUUCGAGACAUCUAUGUGUCGACAGGAGCUUUGUGCGUGAGACUGAUUUACCUCCUCCACGGUCCUGGUCUUGGCGCUUCACAAUUCUUCCUUCUUCCAUCUAUGAACACUGUCCUCCACCGGCUUUCUUCGACACCGUUCGCGCUGUCGCUCGUCCCCCAAUCGUAUCCUGCUCGAUUCGCCCGUUGCGUCGUACUCAUAAGCGGGCGAAAGUCUCGGUGUGCCGGCGUUGCACAGUACCGUC